CACAUUCCAUUAGCAAUUUUUGGCGCUAAGAUCCGUGAUUUUACUGAUUGUUUUGUGUUUAUAUAUGUCCUUCAUUGUUCACCCAUAUUAUGGGCAUUACCGGUUUAAUACCAUUUGUGGGCAAAGCCUCCUCACAAUUGCAACUUAAAGAUAUUCGGGGCAGCACGGUGGCCGUGGACACAUAUUGCUGGUUGCACAAGGGAGUUUUCGGCUGUGCGGAGAAGUUGGCCCGAGGCGAGGAUACGGAUGUUUAUAUCCAAUACUGUCUAAAGUAUGUAAACAUGCUACUCUCCUACGACAUCAAGCCCAUCCUGGUGUUCGAUGGCCAGCACUUGCCGGCAAAGGCGUUGACCGAAAAACGGAGAAGGGAAUCCAGGAAGCAAAGUAAGGAACGGGCUGCAGAAUUACUGCGAUUGGGACGCAUCGAGGAGGCGCGAUCCCACAUGCGCCGCUGCGUAGACGUAACACACGACAUGGCCCUUCGAUUAAUCCGGGAAUGCCGCAGCCGGAAUAUAGACUGCAUUGUUGCGCCAUACGAAGCGGAUGCCCAAAUGGCUUGGCUUAAUAAAACUGAUGUGGCCCAAUACAUCAUCACCGAGGACUCGGACUUGACGCUUUUUGGUGCCAAGAAAAUCAUCUUUAAACUGGACCUUAAUGGAAGUGGUCUCUUAGUGGAGGCGGAAAAACUCCACCUGGCCAUGGGCUGCACGGAGGAGAAAUAUCACUUUGAAAAGUUUCGACGUAUGUGCAUCCUAUCCGGCUGUGAUUACCUAGACUCACUGCCUGGCAUAGGAUUGGCGAAGGCCUGCAAGUUUAUACUCAAAACGGAGCAGGAAGACAUGCGAAUAGCUUUAAAGAAGAUUCCUAGUUACCUUAAUAUGCGCAAUUUGGAGGUCGAUGAUGACUACAUUGAGAACUUCCUGAAAGCGGAGGCCACCUUUAAGCACAUGUUCAUCUACAAUCCACUAGAGCGUCGCAUGCAGCGGCUGUGUCCGUUGGAGGAUUAUGAAACUGAUGAGCGCUACUGCAGCAAUGCUGGCACCUUGCUGGAUGAUAGCGAUCAGGCGUUGCAUUUAGCAUUAGGAAAUUUGAAUCCUUUCUCGCUCAAGCGUCUGGACUCUUGGACGCCUGAGAAGGCAUGGCCAACGCCAAAGAACAUUAAACGAGCCAAACACAAGAGCAUUUGGCAAACUAAUUUCCAAAAAGAUAAUCUGCCGACUCCGAAAAAAGAAACCACGUGUGCUUUGUUCUUCAAAAAAGUGGAUUUCGUAAGCAAAACUGUAGACGAGGAGAUCAAGACUAACCAACGAUUGGAACAGGCGAAGCAAACAGAAGCUCAGGUAUUUACCAUGUAUAGUUUUAGAGCCAAGAGGAGUCGGAGUCCGAGCAGGGAUGAACCUGAGGAUCGAGAGCGAACACCACCACCGUCGCCGGUGCAUAAGAGUCGCCAUAAUCCAUUUGCCAAGGAACGGACAGCAGAAGAAGCUUUACAGCGAUCCCCGGUGGUUUGCGAGAAUGCAUCAUUGCUGCGCUUGCUCAGUCCCAAGAAGGCAAGUCCCUUGGGAGGAGCCGAUGAAAAGAGGGUUGACUCUCUCAAAAGAACCAUUUUCGCCAAAGAACAAGUCCAGGUAAGAAGUCGUUUUUUUGCUUCACAAGAUGAACAGACAAGGCUCCAGCAAGAGCAGAUAAAGCCUCAACAGAACGAUAAGGACGAGCAAGGGCUGGACUCAAGCUCUAGCAAUAAAAAAUUAAGAUUAGAAAGAAAAGAUGUUUCAGAUGAGAAUCAAGAAAGACAACGUUCUAACACGCCUAGUUGUGAUGGAGAUACAGAUAUAGAAGCCACUGCCUCUGUGGACUCACAAGAAAAUUCUGCCCCUUCGGCUUUUGACUCUCAGGAAGAGCCAACCAUAUCUCAACCACAAACACCUACUAAAGCCAGUACGAAGAUACGGAUUAAAUCUUUAGAUACGCUAGUUGGUAACUCGCUGGAUUCCACCGAUUCCGAAAGAAACAACAAUGAUGGCAUCAUCCUGCUAUCCGACGACAGCUGCAGUUCAGAGCUAACAGCCUCAUCCGUCUCAUCCUCCACCUUACAACGCCAGAAUUCUUUGCCAAUCAGCAAACGAAGAAUAGGACUUAGUAAACCGUCCACUGCCAAGAAGGGAACUCCCAAAAAGAAGACGAACAGCAAACUGGGCCCUGUAAGUCAAAAUCAAACUAAGCUAAGCAUGUUCGGCUUUCAGAAGAGACCUGUGCUCAAAUAGAUUUAUAUUUCUAGCCUGUAACUUUUUUGUUCUUUAGAUUAAUCUAAUUUAUUAAAGUGAAGACCUCAACUGACUA